UUAAACAGAUCAGGAGCGGUGGAGCCGCCCCCGAGUGAGCGCGUUUAUCCAGAUCAGUGCACGCAAACAGCAGCGGGGAAGCGCGCAUACUAGCACAGGCUAGCCCACGGAUUUACCGUUUGCGGAGAUAGAAAUCAAAGCAGUGUCAGGAUUAACACGGUGUGACGGAGCCAUGCAAUGAGACAAAAGCGAGCCCUCCCUCCCCGUGGUGGAAUGGAGCAGCAAUGAAUGGGGCCGCCCCUCCCAGCCCCGAGCUGCCUGACUGGAAGGAGUUCUGUGAGCUGCACGGCCGCGCCGCCGCCUCGGACUUCGCAGACAAGUUCCGCCGCUUCGUGAGCGAGAACCCCAGCUACGACUGCCCCGGGGCCAGCGCCUCCUUCUCACAGCACUUCACCACGCACUUCCUGGACUGCUUCACCAGCGAGUUGAGCCGGGCUCAUGCCCCGGGUUCCCCGGGCCUUGCCAAGUACAGCAUUGUGCCCUUCGUGGGCAUCCAGAGCUGCCCUCUGCCCUACAGCCGGGACCUCUACCUGCGCAGGAGAGAGGCGGGUGCCUCCAGUGAGUCUCUGGACAGCAUGGACAGCGGCCAGGGCAACCCCACCAGGGGGCCUCAAGCCCCGACGGCCCGCCCACACAAAGUGUCUGCGUUCGGGCAGUCGCGCAGCUCCGAGGACGUGUCGGCUGGGGGCCUCCCCAAAGCCAAGUUCAAGAAGGGCUUCUCCCUGCGCAACAUGAGCUUGUGCGUGGUGGACGGGGUGCGGGAAAUCUGGCACCGGCGCUCCUCCCCCGAGCCCGAGCAGGGCAGGAGAGCCAAUGGGGAGAGCGGGGAGCACUGGAGCCAGAGGCUGCGCAUCUCCUCCAAGGCCUCACAGAACCCCCGGGCCGAGCUGCUGGAGAUCCAGAGGGAGGGCACGCUGCGCUACAUGGUGGCCGACGACACCAGCUGCGUAGGCAGCUCCCAGUGGCAGAAGUGCAGGCUGCUGCUGCGCAAGGCCGUGCGCGUGGAGGGGGAGCGCUUCCUGCUGGAGUUCUAUGUGCCGCCCAAGUCCACGAAGCCCAAGGUGAGCGUGCCUCUGUCAGCCAUCGUGGAAGUGAGGACCACCAUGCCCCUGGAGAUGCCAGACAAGGACAACACCUUCGUACUCAAGGUGGAGAAUGGAGCUGAGUACAUCCUGGAGACCAUCGACUCUCUGCAGAAACACUCCUGGGUGGCCGACAUACAGGACUGCAUAGACCCGGGGGACAGCGAAGAUGAUGUUGAACUGGCAUCCUGUCCUCACGGCCCCCACCUGCCCUCCCGAGACUUCCCCAUCGUCUCAUCCUACAGCUGUGAGCAGCUCGCCGAGGGGGUACACAGAGUUCCAGAGAGGCCUUGCCCCACGACCACCCACGAGCCCCACGGCUCCCCCUCUGUCCGGUGCAGGGAGGUCCCAGCCACGGAGCAUCCAGCCCACAUCCCCCUGGAGAGGUUCCUGCAGACCUUGGAGACCCCCAGCCCAGGACAGACCCCUGGCCAGCCCCCCAGCCAGCCCCCCUCAGGGGUGCCAGGUGAAGGCGGGGAGCAGGAGGGGGAGGUGUGCCUGACGGAUUACCCAUGGUUCCACGGGACGCUGUCUCGGGUGCGGGCAGCCCAGCUGGUGCUUGCGGGGGGGCCUCGCAGUCACGGGCUCUUCGUGAUCCGGCAGAGCGAGACGCGCCCGGGGGAGUACGUCCUCACCUUCAACUUCCAGGGCAAAGCCAAGCACCUGCGUCUCUCGGUGAACGAGAGUGGACAGUGCCACGUGCACCACCUGUGGUUCCAGACCGUCUCGGACAUGCUGCGCCACUUCCAUACCCACCCCAUCCCCCUGGAGUCUGGAGGCUCUGCCGACAUCACCCUGUGCAGCUACGUGCAGGCACAGCGCCCCCUGCCAGAACCCGGCGCCCCUCAGCUCCUCACACCUCCCAGCCAGCCAGGCUGCCGAAACGAAGCCCACCGAUCCCAGCACUACUUCCCUGGCGCCUUCCAGCCUGUCGCCCCCCAGCCGGAGGGCCCGGUCUCCUCCCCCUCCUCCCCCCACUCCUCCAUGCCUCCUUUUCCCCGAGGGGAGGGUCUCGGGCUGCUCAGCCGCAGUAAUAGCUCCGAGCUCCUGCUGGAGCCCCCUAGUGUCGGCUCAGAGGACUACCACGAGAGUGACGGCUCCCGGAGAGCAAGGGCAGUGGAGAACCAGUACUCCUUCUACUGAGGGCUGCGGUGCCAACCGGGCGCCGGGACCAGGAAGAGGAGGGAACCCCACUCCCCAGAAGGGAUGGCAAGGGCUCUGCUGAAUUGUAUUAGUUUUGUUGUUUUUUUUGUAUUGUUUUUUGUAUUGCAACUAGAGCCCCUUUGUUGACGACGCCACUCUUCGUUCUCUACGUAGCAGAGAUGGGUUCUAAUUCACUAAAUCCAAAGUACUCCUGGAAUUUGUUUUAUUUCCAGAUUAUUUAUUUUGCGCAGUACCCACGCAGAAGUGACUAUGGGAUAAAGUGGGACUUACCCAAAACAUUGGCUUACUGAACCUUUUAAAAAAUGUAACCAAGAAAAAAAAAUGACAGUACAGGGUUAAUGUACGCAUAUAUGUCCUUUGGUAAACAAAGGGUUACUGUUUUCCAAGCUACAGUGCCAUUUUCACCUCUCCUUUACCUCGAAUUUGCACUGUAUUGAGUCAAACUCAUUAUGCAGUGCACAGAACUUCAGGAACUUGUUUGACCGUCCAGUUUGUUUACACCCCUCCCGCCCCCAUAAAGUGAAGGAGGUUCUAAGAGGUACUUUUAAAAUGUGUGAAGAAAGCAAAAAGGAAAUAAAGGCAUGCAAGUGUUUUGUUUACAGGAAACAGCUGCAGAAUUGAUUUUGCAAAAACUUGAUGUAGGCAAUGCACAUUGAGCAUCACGCUGUAACUCUGACACCAGGGAAAACUCCACAGCGGUCAGAGGCGAGGUGAUCAUGGUACUGCAGAGGAAAGGUUGGCGAAUGUCUUUGACAAUGCUAGCAGGUACACCUGCAUUUGAACGACUACUACUGAGAUCCGAUCUGCACUGCAACGGCUGCAUGGCAUGCGAAGGACGCUGUUUACAAAGACGUAUGUCGUGUACUUCAGUGCUGUCAAUAUUACAGCUUGUGUCACUGCAGAUUGUAUACCCUGAAUUCCUAAUAUGUCGUAUGCUGAUUGCACCAGGGUUUUAUUGCCCCAGAUCACUAACAGAUUGAAGUUGAUACAGUGUGAUGCAGCUGGGUAUAGAAUAGAAUUCUAGGGUCCUAUUCACAAAGCUUUAAACUGAUUUAUUUAACCCUUUCAUGCGUGGCAAGCUCCUAUGGGGACGGAUACAAAAACUCUCUUCUAGUCUUUAUAUAGAAGAUGCACAUGCUUGAUAGCCUCAUAUGAGGAUGCCAAUUUACCCUCAUAUAAAGCAAUGGGGAAAAAACACAAAACAUUUCAAUAAAGCCUCAAUAUUUCAAUAUUUUAUGCAUGAAAGGGUUAAAGAAUGUUUUUUAAAAUGCUUUGGUGGUUUAAGUAUUUCACCAAUAAUACUGAAUCUGUCAAAUCAGACUUAAACAACUCUGAACUCUUUCAACACUGCAGCCCUGCAUAUAGAUCUGUGAAUGACAGCUCCUCUUCAAAUAGCAGAACUGUAAACUAAUCGAAUAUACCGAUAUGCCCAUUUUCUUAUAUCUUUUCCAGGCUGAGAAGCUGUAAGUGUUUAUGCAGUCCUCCUAGCGUAAACCUUCUGUAACGUUCCUUAUCCCAAGAGUCAAUCUGAACGAUGGCACUGCCUUCAAAAAGUACAAACACUAAAACUACAGCUGUGUGCACUUAUUUGUGUAGCGCUGCUUACAAUGCCAAAAACCUGGGUUGUGUUUCACAGAGUUGUUUGCUUUGGUGUAUGGUACUUUUUAAAAGCUGCAGUAAGGAAAGCAACACCGACAUUGGAGUGUAACCUUCGGGUCGGUGCUGAGAGAGAGCUGGCGCUCCACAGGUCUGUUUGUGAAGAGUUUCAUUGAGCCAGGUCAUUGAUGUUACAGUUCAUCUAGACUGUGAAGCUGCGCUCUUCCCCUCUAUUGCCUGUGCUGCUGUUGUUUGCUGUGUAUUUUUCUGUUGUUAUUCUGGUUUCUGUGCGAGUCGGGAAGUAUUGUCAGCACAGGGUUAGAAAUGAAUGAACGUGUGUACGAUGAUUCAUGGCUCUCGUUGUUUACUAUUUAUUAUUAAAAUACAACAAGACUUCAGUCAUCUUGUAUUUUGUUGAACCGCUCAGUAAGCGGUCGGGUUUAAUGAUCUAAACAGACAGAGGUGCAUGAAGCCCUCUGAUACACACCGGGGAGAUGAUCUGCACAUAAGGACUGUGGGCUCUGUUACAUUUGAAAGAUUCCUACAAAAUCUCCAGUCCAACCAUUAUCUCUCUGUGCCGUUUCCCCCAGGGGUGAUGCAAAUACAGAGAGGCUCACAAGUGUAAAGGCUGGGGAGGUGAGAUCAUUAGAUCAAAAAAGUAAAUGCAUUCCCGGUUGUGUCUGUCCCACCAGCAGAGAAUGGGGGGGGGGGGGAUUGUGAAGGUAAACUUGUCUGUUU